AUGGUCAAUUCAAAAGUUGUUAUCUUGCUGGUUUAUGUGGAUGACAUAGUCAUCACAGGGAAUGAUGAGUCCUUAAUCAACAAUACGAAGACUUUACUUCAUAUUUAUUUCAAGCUUAAAGACAAAGGAUCUUUGAGAUAUUUUUUGGGCUUGGAAGUUGUUAGAUUUGAUAAAGGUAUUAGCAUUUGUCAGAGGAAAUAUGCACUAGAGUUAAUAGCUAAUUCUAGUUUGUCUGCCACUAAACCUGUUUUGAUUCCUUUGGACCAAAAUGUGAAGUUUACAUAUGAGACUUAUGACAAGCUUAUAAAUAAUGCUGAUGAUCCAGUUCUUUUUUAUCCAACAAUUUAUCAAAGACUUAUAGGUAUGGAUUCAACUGGUAGUCGUCCCACAGUUAAUACGAAUGUAAGUGAAACUGACACUACAGCUAGUAGCCCCCCGAACAAUGAAAAUGAAGGUAAUCCAAUCCACAGAAAGAAAAGAGGUAAGACAUCUGUGGUCUGGUCAGGUUUUACGGUGGUGGUGCUACCCACUGGUACGAAAAAGGCAGAAUGCAACUAUUGUAAGACCAGACUCACCAUUAAUGCAUCCCGAAGCACUACUGCUUUUUUGAGACAUUUGAAAGUGUGUGAAUCACGAGUUGUUUCCUAG